GUGGAGGUCUCUGCCUUAAAUGUUUCCAUGUGACGCAGAACCCACAGGCCCACAGGCCUCUCUGCACUUCCUGUGUGGGGUUCAGACACCCGACUCCCCUCCCUGCCUCAGGUGCCUGCUUCGGAAAAUGAAGUAAUAACCUGACUUGUCUCCGCCAUCUUAGAAGAGGAAACAUCCCAUGAGAGAAAGAUGCAGUCGGGCACUCUCCGGAGAGUUCUGGGUCUCUGCUUCCUAGUAGUUGGCGCUUGGGGAGAGGACGAUAACGACAAAACUGGUGAUUCUAAACCUGCAUCGUACAAAGUCUCCAUCUCAGGAAUCAGCGUAACGCUGACGUGCCCUCUGGAAUCGGAUAUAACAUGGGAAAAAAACGGUAAAGAAAUCCCCGAUGACCAUGAAAAGGUCCUAGUCCUGGAUAACUUCUCGGAAAUCGAGGACAGCGGUUAUUACACCUGCUUCACCAAUGAAGAGAAGAACCACUAUCUCUACCUGAAAGCAAGAGUGUGUAAGAACUGCAUGGAGGUGGACCUGAUGACCGUGGCCACUGUGGUGGUAAUCGACAUCGGCCUCACUCUGGGCCUGCUGCUGCUGGUGUACUACUGGAGCAAGAGUAAGAAGGCCAAGGCCAAGCCUGUGACGCGAGGAGCGGGUGCCGGCGGCAGGCCCCGGGGACAAAAGAAGGAGAGGCCACCACCUGUCCCCAACCCAGACUAUGAGCCCAUCCGGAAAGGCCAGCGAGACCUGUAUGCCGGCCUGAAUCAGAGAGGCGUCUGACAGCUCCCAGGGACACUGCUUCCCCGUGGCCCAGGUCUGGCCCCUCUCCAGGCACCCUGCUACUCCCACCCCCAGGGCAAGUCUUGGGCCCCACAGAACUGUUCCUUGGCUCGGUGGUGAACUCACUGCCCACAGCCUUGUCCCCAGCUCCCUCCUCCCUGCCCGUGCUGGUGACUAGCCCUGGGACACUGCUGCUUCUUUGUCCUCCAUGAAGAGUCGUCACUGGUCUUUUGGUCUCGUCAGGAUUCUGAUUUCCCCAGCUCGCUCCUUCCCCUAAGGAUGCUACUUCUGCCUACAGUUCCCUCCUGCACAGCACGUCAACUGGCCCCAUCCCUAACUAUUCCGCCCACCUUCCUAACCUCCAGCUGUCUCUUUGGCCGCCCUCCCUGGGCAUAUAAUGAGUGGACGUGGACAGAGGUCCCUCCCCACUCACAGAUCCAGGCCCAGGGCCAGCCCUGUCCCCACCCACACUGCCUCUGUACGUCACUAGAUGGGUAUUCGCCUCUCCAUGAAUGCGCCCGGCGCCCCUCAGCUGAGAGAGAAACUAAAUAAAGUGUAUU